AUGAAAGCUGCGAAUCGUGUUGAGAAUGAGGUCGCUAUUAUAAGUCUUGCUGCGGCUGCGUUAGGCCCUAUUUUCAAGCCCCAUGUUGUGCCCCGUCUCUAUGGCUGGGCCGGGACUACAUCCAAACUGGGAGAACGUCAGCAAGGUUGGAUCCUCCAGGAGCUCAUGCCAGGUGUACCUCUGGAUGAAAAACUAGAUGAAAUGGGACUUGAGGAAAAGAAAAAGAUAUUCGCUCAGAUUGCGAAGCUCCUCAAGGGACUUCAGGACUUCAAGUUACCUGCUUCUAUUACCCAGUUUGGCGGCCUGACUAUUGAUGAAAAUGGCAAUAUUGUUAGUGCUCCAAUGAGCAACACCAGUACCGGACCUUGGAGUUCAUAUGAAGCAUCGUUUGAAGCAAGACUUAAGCAAGCGCUUGAAGAAGCCGAUGAGAAUACUUACAUCCAGGGUUGGCAUGCAAAUGGCGUCCGGGCUCGGUUGGAGGCCUUCAUAGAGCAGGGACUGGCCGAAUGCUUCAAGCCACUUCAGACACACCAAGAGAGAGCAAUUAUUCACGGAGAUUUUACACCCAGCAACCUCUUAUUUGACCCCGUCUCAGGCUGUAUCACAGGGCUGAUUGACUAUGACUUCUCGUGUAUUCUGCAUCCAUCAUAUGAAUUUCUGCGCUCUUUUAGUGGACUUGGAGGCCAGUUUCGUGGCUGGUCUGGUAUUGAGGGCCGCGAGCAGAUGGCGCUUAAGCACGCCAAGCUACACGGCUUCCUAGAUCCUCUACCGGAGCAUAAGGAGGGCGAUAAUGAGUUGCCGUGGAAAGUGGCGAAGGCCUGGGAGGAUGCGCUGGAGAAUGCAGGUUGCAAGCGCCCGAUGAAUAUUCCAGGCAUUGACAAAGUCGCUGAUGCUGAUGCCUUGCUUAACUCUAUCCUGCCAUGGCGUGUGACCAAUUCUGAUAUCCUGAAGAGACAAGCCGUCGAGGUCAUUCGGAAUUGCAGGAAUGAUAAUGAGACAGUGCUGAUUCAGAUUCUGGAGCAUAAUGGGUUUUAA